UUAAUAUAAAACAGAGGAUCAACUAUCUACCCUCUCUAUCCCACAUAAGCGUUGAGUUGCAGACAGCCUGAUUCCCGUUGUUAAAGCGCCGCUCGUCACCGUGAUGCCAAGAGCGAGUGAGUUUGCCAUCGCCUUGUCUAGGUUUCAUGAAAUGGAAAUGGAAAUGGAAAUGGAGCCGCUGCUAAUCAAUUUAUGAACUGCUGCACUUAGUCUGAUUUGUAGGUCAGCUGUCGUUAUUAUGGUUUGAGGAGGCAUCAGAUUCAGAUCACACAUUCCAUACGUUUCCGACAAUCUUCAGUUUUGUUUUGUCAUCAGUAACUACCCCACCCAACAGCUUCAUACACGUGACAUUCUUAAUUUCUAUCACCAAAAUAUAAACACCAAUUUGCUGAGCCUUGAGGCUUGCCCUGACCCUGGCGAGGCUGAAAGUUCAACUUAUCUAAACUUUUACGGACCAGAAAAACAAUAGCAACACCAAUUGCCACCAACAAAACAAAAUAAAAUGCCUCCUCAAACACCAACCCCACCAAACAAAUUCUACUUCUUCUACGGUCACCGCAAACCUUCUCAAAACCGUCCUACUGUACGCGGUGGCCUCUUUUCCAAUCGCAAAACUCUCACUCCUCCGAAACCUAAAUCCACAAAACCAACCAACAGUUUCCAAAUCCAAAAGUGGGACCCACACUUCCUUUCCCAACCAAACUCCCCAUCACCAUCCCCAUCCCCAUCCCCGGAGGCCACAUUCUCUGCCUCCCUCCGUCUCUCCCCGAUUGCCCGUUUCAUCCUUGAUGCCUUCCGCAAAAACAAUAACAACUGGGGCCCACCCGUUGUAACUGAACUCAAUAAACUCCGCAGAGUUACUCCCACCCUAGUUGCUGAGGUUCUUAAAGUUCAAACUAACCCUACGCUAGCUUUCAAGUUUUUCCAUUGGGUAGAGAAACAAAAAGGUUAUCACCAUAAUUUUGCCUCUUACAACGCCUUCACUUAUUGCCUUAACCGUGCUAACCAUUUCCGUGCAGCCGAUCAGCUCCCUGAGCUGAUGGACGCUCAGGGAAAGCCUCCGUCGGAGAAGCAAUUUGAGAUUUUAAUUCGGAUGCAUUCUGAUGCUGGUAGAGGUCUUAGGGUUUAUCAUGUUUAUGAUAAGAUGAGGAAUAAGUUUGGUGUGAAACCUAGGGUGUUUUUGUAUAAUAGGAUUAUGGAUGCUUUGGUUAAGACUGGGCAUUUGGAUUUGGCGUUGUCGGUUUAUAAUGAUUUUAGGGAAGAUGGAUUGGUUGAAGAGAGUGUUACUUUUAUGAUUUUGAUAAAGGGAUUGUGUAAAGGUGGGAAAAUUGAUGAGAUGUUAGAGGUUUUGGGAAGGAUGAGGGAGAAAUUGUGUAAGCCGGAUGUGUUUGCGUAUACCGCGUUGGUUCGGAUUAUGGUUAAAGAGGGAAAUUUGGAUGGUUGUUUGAGGGUUUGGAAGGAAAUGAAGAGAGAUAGAGUCGAUCCGGAUGUCAUGGCAUAUGGUACUAUCAUUGGUGGUUUGGCGAAAGGGGGAAGGGUUUCGGAGGGUUAUGAGUUGUUCAAAGAGAUGAAGAGUAAGGGUCAUUUGAUAGAUAGAGCGAUAUAUGGAUCGUUGGUUGAGUCGUUUGUGGCGGGGAAUAAGGUUGGUUUGGCUUUUGAUUUGUUGAAGGAUUUGGUGAGCUCGGGAUACCGUGCUGAUUUGGGGAUGUAUAAUAACCUUAUUGAAGGUUUGUGCAAUUUGAAUAAGGUUGAGAAGGCUUACAAGCUUUUCCAAGUCACUAUUCAGGAGGGCCUUGAGCCGGACUUCUUGUCUGUAAAACCGUUAUUGUUGGCCUAUGCCGAAGCAAAACGAAUGGAAGAAUUUUUUAUGUUGCUAGAGAAGAUGAAGAAGUUGGGAUUUCCAGUUAUUGAUGACCUCUCAAAAUUCUUUUCCCAUCUGGUUGAGAAGAAAGGACCAGAAAUGGCACUAGAGAUAUUUACACACUUGAAAGAAAAAAGCUACGUUAGCGUUGAAAUUUACAAUAUUUUUAUGGAAUCUCUUCACUUGAGUGGUAAGGUGGAAAAAGCAUUAUCACUCUUUGAUGAAAUAAAGGGCUCAGACUUGGAGCCCGACUCAUCCACAUAUAACAUAGCAAUUCUUUGCCUUGUUGAUCACGGUCAAAUUAAGGAGGCAUGUGAAUGUCAUAAUAAGAUAAUUGAGAUGUCUUCCAUUCCUUCUGUGGCUGCUUAUAAUUGCCUUGCUAAAGGUCUUUGCAACAUUGGAGAGAUUGACGAAGCCAUGCUGCUUGUUAGAGAUUGCUUAGGCAAUGUUACAAGUGGACCUAUGGAGUUUAAGUAUUGUCUUACCAUUAUUCGCAUGUGCAAGUCAAAUGUUGCAGAAAAGUUGAUUGAUGUAUUGAAUGAGAUGAUGCAAGAAGGUUGCUCUUUAGACAAUGUUGUAUGUUCUGCAAUCAUCUCUGGCAUGUGCAAGUAUGGAACAAUUGAAGAGGCUAGAAAGGUUUUCUCAAUUUUGAGGGAGCGCAAAUUGUUGACAGAAUCUGACACAAUUGUUUACGACGAAUUACUAAUUGAUCACAUGAAGAAAAAAACAGCAGACUUGGUAAUAUCAGGAUUGAAAUUCUUUGGUCUAGAAUCUAAAUUGAAGUCAAAGGGUUGUAAACUGUUACCAGAUUGAAAACUGGUAUGGAGACAGAUUAAUUUUUUCUUUGUGAACAUGUAUCAUCAUGAUGCUGCCAGAAAAGCAUUUGACAUUUGGGAGAAGUUUGUCAUUGCUUUUAUUUCUCGAGCAUUUCCAUCCGGUAUCUGAUAUGUUUAACCCGUGGCUGCGAACACUUGACUUAUUACAUAGAAUUAGACACUAGUCGCUGGACCUCGUUGCAUACUCUAUACCAUUGGAUAGCUGCACUAUGGAGGUUACUUAUUGGAUCUGGAUUGCACGGAUGUAUCAUGUAAAGGACAAUGUCACUUGACAUCAUAUUAUAGCAUGAUCUCAUGCUUGCUUCGUCGAGGUAUUUGGAAUUAUGAGUAUCAUUUUCUAGUGUUGUCUGCAUAAAUUUAUUGUGAAAUGAAAAGUGAAAUACAGAUCUCUUACUCUAUAUCUUUUAUCUGAUAAUAAAGUAUACAAUGGAGAGUAUUGAUGUGAUAUUAACAUUUAAAAUCUUUUUAUGGUGUUUCAUGCUUUUGAAGUUUUGCAUAUAAAGCAAUGAGAACAACUUUUAUUGUUUUCCAUACAAAUUUGAAAACAGGAAACUGUUUAUUUUUGGCCUGCUCUGACAUGAUUUAUUUAAUAAGUUAAAUCUAGCUGAAGCUUCAGUGAAAUAUAAAUGAGUAAAAAAAGACUUCUAGAAUACAUAUUUAACUUCAGCAUCGUCUUUCUUUUCAUGAUAGAUUUGUGAUGAUUUGCUGAUUGAUUAUACGCCAAACUGAUUGAUUUUGCAGUUGUCUUAUAUUUGUUAUACACAAAAUAAUUGCAAAGGUACUCUGUAUGCACACAUUAGAUGUUUGCUACAGAUUUAUAAAUUUACUAAUUUACAAAUCCAAAACAACUUAAAAGUAAUGGAAGUUGUCUUGGUAGUUUAUAUUUUUUGAGAUUUGUUACAUAUUUAACCCCCUUUGUAUGGUAGUUAUGCUAUUUAGAUUUCCUUGUUUAUAGUUGUGUAAAUGUGUUUUUGCUUAAACUUUAGUCGAAUAGUUUCUUCUACAAUUGUAUUUUACACACACAAGCUUCUCAAUAUAUCCUCUGAUAGCAGUCUCGACUUAGUGUAUAAGAGGAUUUUAGAUUCUAGAUUCCUAGCUAGUUUAAACAUAUAUGCGAUGAGAAAUUGUUGACUAUGCGUUUUGUUCUAUAUCAUUCCUUAUGUAAAUAGCAGAGAAAGAAAUGCAAGUUCAUGGUGAUCUGAUUAAUCAUAUUUGAUUGCUUGUUGGUUUUUGAAGCCACAUCCUCUCUCAUUAAAAUCCUCUCUAAGGGUGAACUCUGAUUAUACUUGUUGAUGUUGUUCAUUUUUUAAAUCCUUUCUGAUGUUCAUGGUGAUCUGAUCAUACUUGCUGUUGCAGUUUGUUUUUUUAAGCCAUGUAUGAAUUUUAUGUAUUAGGACAAUAAAAGAAUCACUAAUUUGGAGCUAGCACUGGUAAUAAUGAUGGAACUGAAACGAGAAAGGGGGUUACUGUGAAGGACUGUUUGGCUGAGUAACUAAGGCCUAGUGAAGAAGACAAUGCACUCUCUAAGGUGAUUUCAGAAGCUUUUCAUAAAGGGAAAGAAGAGCCAUUGAAAAAAGAGGAUGGAAAAUUGGGUAGUGAGAAUGAGAAGUCAGAGAAAGUGUGUGAAGAGAGCUAUGUGUAAAUAGUCCAGAAAAAGGUGUGAAUAGUCAAUCACGGCAUUUAUAAAACAUUGGACAAAGCAUUCAUAUAUAAAUCAUUAUUCAUCGGCAAAUCAUAAUCAGAGACCUCCAUUCAAGGUGAUACCAGUGGUAGGACAGCCUGUGAAUAGUUAAACCAAAGCUCUGAAAUUUGUUGUAUUGGCAUUAAAAAAGGAUAUGAAUACACUGAUCAUGGUUUGAAUGUGUUUCUCUUUGGGGGUAAAGUGGCCAUUUUGGCUUAAGAAUAUGCCAUCUGAUUUCAUGGUUGGACUUGUUGUCAUAAAAGUUGCAUCUGAAGAAUCCUUCUUGGCAAAUAUCCUUUCAAGUUUGUUGAUGAUGAUGAUAAUAUAAUUGCAUACACUGAUCAUCAUGAUCCGUAGUAGCAAUACCAUUCAUGAUUUCAAGUUUCAACAACUGGUAAUGAAGAUCAAUGUUGAUGUCACUCUUAUAUCAAAUUAAGAGUGUCAUUUUUUGAAAGCAAGAAAACACAAGCUCUGUUUGUAUCUAUGUAAAAAGAAUGAGUUUUGGUUGCUUUAACUUGCUUCUUUGCCUUCAGACAUCACGCUGCUCCUACCUUAAUCCUAAAAAACUGUUGUUCUUAGUUGCCCAUUUUCUGCUUUUUCGUUACUUCUUUGUGUGUGUGUGUGUUAUUUUUAUGGGUUGUUUUUAUUGAUGUUGCUGUUCCAUAUGGUUCCUUGAAGGUGAUUUCUUUUUGUUUUGCUUUGCUUA